CCACUAGCAGAGAAGCCACUGCCCUCCCACCACCGGCACCGGACCACCUGCUCAAGCACCAGCCCCCGUGGGGGGACAAGCCUCACUGGAACACAGGGUAGGUUCUAGGAGUCAUCUAACGGUGUCAGCAUGUCCCGGCCCAGCAGCAGAGCCAUUUACCUGCACCGGAAGGAGUACCUGCAGAACGUCUCCUCAGAGCCCACCUAUCUGCAGCACAGGGUGGAGCACCUGAUGACAUGUAAGCUGGGGACUCAGAAAGUCCAGGAGCCCAAGGAUGCCCUGAGGAAGCUGCAGGAGAUGGAUGCUCAGGGCCGGGUGUGGAGCCAGGACUUGCUACUGCAGGUCAAAGAUGGCUGGCUGCAGCUGCUGGACAUCGAGACCAAGGAGGAGCUGGACUCCUACCACCUGGACAGCAUCCAGGCCAUGGACGCCGUGCUCAACACCUGCUCCUACGACUCCGUGCUGUCCAUCACGGUGCAGGAGUCGGGCCUGCCAGCCAGCAGCACUCUGCUCUUCCAGUGCCAGGAAGUGGGGGCAGAGCAGUUAAGGACCAGCCUGCAGAAGGCCCUGGAGGAGGAGCACCAGCAAAGCAGACCCCAAUCUGGAGCUCAUCACCCCAGCCAAGACAGAUGGAGGGGGCCUCCUCUGGAAAGGGCAUUCCCUAAGGAGCAGGUACCCCCACUGGAGCAGGGGCCCCCUCCAGAACAGCCCUACUGGAUGAGCCCAGAGCACAGCACACCACCAUCCCCAAGGCCCCUGCCACACAACUCCAGUUUCCGAGAACCAAGCACAUUCACUCUGCCUCCUGCCAGGCGGCCCCCAUCCCCAGAGAACCCAGAGAGGGAUGAGGAGAUACUAAGCCACGUCCUUAGGGACAUCGAGCUGUUUGUGGGAAAGCUGAAGGAGGCCCAGGCAAGGACCAGUCAAAAGAAGAAGAGACUGGGGAAGAAAAAGGGCAAGGAUAAGUGGGGGCCGACCCAGGCCCAGUACGUUGACUGCCUGCAGAAGAUCAAGUACAGCUUCAACCUUCUAGGGAAGCUGGCCCUCUGGCUGCAGGAGAAGAAUGCCCCUGAGUUCGUGCACAUCCUCUUCCAACUUCUAGACUCCAUCCUGGCCCACUGCCCUGAGCCUGGCCUAGCAACCCAAGUGAUCUCACCCCUCCUCACCCCCAAAGCCAUCGACCUGCUGCAGUCCUGCCUCAGCCCGGCUGAGAGUGACUUCUGGAAGAGGCUGGGUGCGGCCUGGACCACCAGCCGGGCUGACUGGACAGGCAUUGAGCCCCCGCCCUACCAACCCACAUUCUAUGAUGGCUGGCAGCUUCCAGAGCCCUCCAACCAGGCACCCUCAGGAUACCAGAACGCUACCUCCCUCCGCCCUGGGUCAGGGAGCACCUCCUACUUUGCUCAAGAGGAGACACACCAUGGCCCUCAGCCUGGGGACCCCAACCACGUGCCCUCCCGCCCCAGAUCUGUCAAGCCAGCUCUGAAAAUGCAAGUCCUAUAUGAGUUUGAGGCCAGGAACCCACAGGAACUGACUGUGGCCCAGGGAGAGGUGCUGGAGGUCCUGGACCAGAGCAAGCGGUGGUGGCUGGUGCAGAAUGAGAAGGGACAGAGCGGCUACAUUCCCAGCAACAUCCUAGAGCCCCUACAGUCGGGGACCUCCAGGAGCCAGAGCCAGUCGCCUUCUCGGGCUCCAAUGCUUCGACUUAGCUCGACACCUGAGGAGGUCACAGCCUGGCUGCAGGCCGAGAACUUCUCCACCAUCACGGUGAAGAGCCUCAGAUUCCUCACAGGGAGCCAGCUGCUUCACAUGAGACCCGGGGAGCUACAGAUGCUGUGUCCACAGGAGGCCCCACGGGUCCUGGCACGGUUAGAAGCCGUCAGAAGGAUGCUGGGGGUGAGGACACUGGGGCCCUGACCCCCACAGCAAAUGCGGGAUGCUCCCCGGGUGGGAGGGAGAAUGCCAGGUGGACAAGCCCGCAGGCCCAGCCCUGGGCUAGAAGGGAGCGCGGCAGGUACGGGAGAGUCCCCCCAGAGGCUCGACUUCACGUGCUCGGGCAGGCCGUGAGGCUCCAAACCGAUUGUUGACACGAGCCCCGGGGAUCCCUCGCUGGGCACCCGCCUCACCUCAAUCCUUUUCUUUCCUCAGAUAAGCCAUUAGGCACCCACCCAGACACCUCUGAGACCAAGACCCUGUCACAACAAGCAAGAUGGCAGAACUGAUACUUCUUGGAGCCCUGAAAAAUCUGCUCUCGUGUCCCCAGUUUGCAGCGAACCCCACAUCCCAGCUCGCACAGCAAAGAGGAUGAGCAAGCCCAGAGGUUGAGAGCCCUCCCGAGUUAUCACCUAUUUAUUGUAUCUCUUUCCUAAGCCUGGAGCACUUAGGCUAGAUCUGUCAGGACUCCGUCCAGUCCCUCUCUUCCCCAGUAAAAGCAGCUUCGAGCUUGGUAUGUGCCUCUCUGCAGCUUCUUCCGGGCCUGAUGGGUGCCAAAGGCAGGGAGGCAGGAAGAGGG